AUGCCGUCCCUUGUCUCCGAGUUCAUCAUCAACCCUGUGCUGCGACAGGCCCGCCGCUUUUCCGAGAUCUCCCGUGCGACGCUGGCCGGCGAUGACGAGGCGUCUGUCGCGCAGUCGGACGCUGUCAAAGACUCUGAUGACGCCGCCGAUGAUGCUGGGCAGCAGGGGCCCGAUGCGACACCUGAACGACGCCGCCCUCGGCCCCUGAGCUCCUCGACGCAGGAGACAAUUGUCGAAGAGGUGCCGGCAGUUGCGGACGAAGCCCCCGCCGCUCCAGCCGCUGACCCCGGACCUCUGCUCGACCACCUCGGCUUCCCGAUAACACCGCCCAGGACUGCGUCGAACAAGGAUGGACCCAUUCCCGAGGAUGAUGGCAUGCGGAAGCUGCGCACGCGCAUUCAGGAGAUCAACGCCCGGGAGAUCUCAUCUGGCGAAAAGGCGAGGCUCAUGCACGACACCCUGCUGGAGGGCUACCGCGCCUCCUACUGGCAAAGCCAGUUGAUUGGGGAGCCGUCGGUCAAGGAGGUGUUUGUCCUCAGCGAGAGCGACAAGGCCCCGACCUACGCCCCUGUCCGACAUUCGAGAACACCAAGCGCGGCAACGCCAACGCACUCGGCGGGCUCGCUUCAUGAAACUCGGGGCCCCCUAGGAUGUGAGCACUACGAGCGGAACGUGAAGCUGCAGUGUUCCACCUGCAAGAAGUGGUAUACCUGUCGGUUCUGCCAUGAUGCCCACGAGGACCACACGCUCAUCCGCAAGGACACCAAGAACAUGCUCUGUAUGCUCUGUGCUACACCCCAAAAGGCAUCCGAGGUUUGCAACAACUGCGGCGAGGUAGCGGCGCAGUACUACUGCAAUAUCUGUAAGCUUUGGGAGAACCGUACUCACAAGCCCAUCUAUCAUUGCAAUGACUGUGGGAUAUGUCGCCGGGGUAUGGGGCUUGGCAAAGAUUUUUUCCAUUGCAAGACAUGUCGGACAUGCAUCACCACGUCAAUCGAGAGCUCGCACAAGUGCAUCGAGCGAUCAACAGACUGUGACUGCCCUAUUUGCGGUGAAUACAUGUUUACAUCGCCGAAGCGAGUUGUCUUUAUGAACUGCGGCCACAGCAUUCAUAAGAAGUGCUACGAUCAGCAUCUGCGGACCUCGUACAAAUGCCCAAUCUGCAACAAGAGCCUGGUGAACAUGGAGCCGCAGUUUCGCAACCUGGACCUGGCCAUCCUCAGCCAGCCGAUGCCCCCAGACUUUCGUGAUACGAAAGCCAAGAUUCUGUGCAACGACUGCUCGGCCAGAAGCACGGUGGCGUACCACUGGCUCGGGCUCAAGUGCUCAAUAUGUCGGUCAUAUAAUACUGUAGAAUUGCAGAUAUUGGGACGGAAUGUUGAGGCCCUGCAGCCUGCCGCCGGCGAUCAGCCUCAGCUCACACGCGAGGCCGGCCCAGAAGACGCGGGACCCGGAAGUCGACGGAUCUCGAUCACGGCGGGCUCGCGGGGCCCCAACAGGAGGCGGCACUCAUCCAAUGCGCCAGAGCUACCAUCUCGUUUCCUCGAGAGAUAUGCGCGGUCGAUGUCGCCUUCUCACAUGAUGAUGGAUAUCCCACAGGCCGCCGUUCCGGAAGUGGACGAAGAAUCGGACGACGACAUUCUCGGAUUCUGGAGAAGUGGUGAGGAUGACGAUGAGGAUGAUGAUGAUGAAUAUGAUUCGGAUGAGUCCAGCGACGAUGACCAUCCCGAGGCAGACGAUGACGACGAGGAAGACGAAGAUGAAUUCAACUUGAUCGGGCAUAGGUAA